CUCCCCGCCACGUCGUGCCUAUCGUGCAGAAUAGACGACCCAACAUGCACACACUUGUUGUUUCUUCCCAUCCGCCUGGGUUCGCGUAAUCGCAAUGGCGGAGGCUCUUGGGCUUGCCGCAAGCAUCAUCACUGUUGUUGAUCUGUUCGUUAAGGUCGGCGUGCUGUGUUCUGUAUAUUGCGCCGAUCUUAAGACGGCCCGGCGCGACGCUCGAUAUAUCCUCAACGAGGCCGACAAGUUCACCGCGACCCUUAAAGACAUCGAACGACUCCUCGCCGGCCCGAAUGGCGCGAAAAUUGAAGCUUCUCAGAACGUGCGCUCCGGCGUCGCGGAUUGCCGACUGCAGCUGGACGACCUGGCCACCAAGCUCGAACAGGGAACAAGGUGGAAGAGGAUAACAUGGCCACUAAAGAAGGAAGAGGUGGCUGGUAUAGUUAAGAAGCUAGAGCAAUAUAGGGCCGCUAUUUCUUUGGACCUACAGGUCAAUCAAAUAGCAUUGCUUCGCAACGUUCAUCAGGAGACUAUCCUGGCAAAGCUGCGCACCGUAGAAGGAGCGACCUUUGAUUCUCACACCGACGCCAACAAUGCCAGGUGCCAUCCCGGAACCCGGGUUGACAUCCUACAGCAGAUAUUAGCAUGGGGGGCCUCGCAUGACAGCAAGUGUAUUUUCUGGCUAAACGGUAUGGCUGGUACUGGCAAGUCUACAAUCUCUCGAACUAUAGCCCAAUCAUUCGACGAGAAGGGGAUCCUCGGCGCCAGCUUCUUCUUUAAACGGGGUGAAGGAGACCGCAGUCGCACGGCAUUCUUCUUCACUACGAUAAUUGCGCAGCUUGUCCACAAGCUGCCGUCCUUAGCCCCACACGUCCGCGCUGCAAUCGAGGCCAAUCUUGCCAUUAAUGAAAAAUCAGCAAAGGACCAGUUCGACAAGCUCAUUGCAGACCCGAUCAGAAAGCUACCCAAGCAUUCGCAACCGUUAGCAAUGGUUAUAGUUGUUGACGCACUCGAUGAGUGCGACACCCUUGAGCACAUAAGGCUUGUCAUUCAGCUUCUGUCCCAAGCGAAAUACUUCACAUCUAUCCGCCUGAGAUUCUUCCUCACCAGCAGGCCCGAGCUGCCUAUCCGACUCGGCUUUAAGGAUAUUAGCGGCAAGUACGAAGAUCUAGUUCUCCACCAGAUCUCUAUGCCCGUUAUAGAGCAUGACAUUAAAGCAUUCCUUCAGCAUGAACUUUCUAAGAUUCGACAGGAUUACAACAAGUCUGUCAAAUCAAACCGGCAGCUGCCUUUUAAUUGGCCAGGAACAGAGUACAUCCAAAAGCUAGUUGACAUGGCUAUCCCUUUGUUCAUCUUCGCCGCAACUGUCUGCCGCUUUAUUCAAGACCGAAGGCUUGGUGGCCCAAAGGAACAGCUAGCGAGAAUCCUAGAACACCAGAACAGCCAGAAGUCUAACCUAGACGCGACCUACCUCACUGUGCUAGAUCACUUGUUAGUAGGGCUGCGCGAAUCACAGAAGCAAGAAGUAGCAGAAAGGUUCAGGCAAGUUGUCGGCUCUAUUGUUAUUCUCGCCAGCCCUCUUUCGACGCAUUCGCUCGCCCGCCUCCUUAGGGUUUCCCUUGAUACUAUUGAAGAUCAACUAGACCUGCUCCAUUCUGUUUUAAGCAUUCCUCCAGAUCUAAAUGCUCCCGUACAGCUACUCCACUUAUCCUUCCGUGACUUCCUUGUUGAUCCUGAGAAGGGUAGGGAACAGGAGAAAUACCCGUUCUGGGUCGACGAACGACAAACUCAUGAGCUACUAGCCGCCCAGUGCCUAAAGCUGCUAUUAACAGGCGAUACACUCAAAAGAGACGUGUGCAACCUGCGACUUCCCAAGACGCGCCGAUCCGAGAUCGACCAGCAGACUAUCGAUGCCUGCCUGCCGCCCGAGGUCCAGUACGCCUGUCGGUAUUGGGUCUAUCACUGGAAGGAAAGCAAGUGUCUAAUACGGGAUGACAACCUCGUCGACUGCUUUUUAACGCACCAUCUCCUACACUGGCUUGAGGCUAUGAGCCUUUUAGGUUGGGUCUUAGAAAGUAUUAGCAUGGUGAAUGACCUGUUAGGUCUGCUUGAUCCGGAAGAUAGUAGUCGAGUCUCAGUGUUUCUUCGCGACACCCGUCGAGUUAUCCUGAGCCAUUGCUCUAUUAUAGACGAAUCGCCACUUCAAGUCUACUGUUCGGCUGUCGUGUUUGCGCCGGAACAGAGUGUCGUCAGGAAGACAUUUCGGAAUCAUUUUCCGGCAUGGCUUUCUCUACCACCGCAGGUGGAUUCGGCCUGGCAUGCGUGCCUGUCAACGCUCGAGGGCCAUAGCGAUUGGGUCACCUCAGUAGUCUUCUCGCCUGACUCGGCCCGGCUGGCGUCGGGGUCAUAUGACAACACAGUCAAGAUCUGGGAUGCGAGCAGCGGCGAGUCGGGUCACCUCAGUAGUCUUCUCGCCUGACUCGGCCCGGCUGGCGUCGGAGUCAGCCGACAACAUGGUCUGUCAAGGCCUAGGCUUGGGUUCAGAUCGUACGUGGAUAACAUACAAUUCGGAGGACCUAUUAUGGAUAUCGCCAGAGUAUCGACCGUUAAAAUUCAUAGUAUGUAAGAAUAUGAUUGGUAUUGGUACUAGUCAAGGAAGGGUAUGGAUAUGUAAGGUUGAACAUAACAAGCUU